GUCCCCCGGGGCGAGCCCGCGAGAGGCCUCGUGCAGCUGGCAGCCCCGCCCCGGCGCCCGCCUGCUCUUCUCGCGGGUCUGGACCGCGAGCGCGGGGGCCGACGGGUCGCCGCCGCGCCAGGCCGGGUGGGGCGGGAUGGCGGCCACCGCGCUGCUGGAGGCCGGCCUGGCGCGGGUGCUCUUCUACCCGACGCUGCUCUACACCCUGUUCCGCGGGAAGGUGCCGGGUCGGGCGCACCGGGACUGGUACCACCGCAUCGACCCCACCGUGCUGCUGGGCGCGCUGCCGUUGCGGAGCUUGACGCGCCAGCUGGUCCAGGACGAGAACGUGCGCGGGGUGAUCACCAUGAACGAGGAGUACGAGACGAGGUUCCUGUGCAACUCUUCACAGGAGUGGAAGAGACUAGGAGUCGAGCAGCUGCGGCUCAGCACAGUAGACAUGACUGGGAUCCCCACCUUGGACAACCUCCAGAAGGGAGUCCAAUUUGCUCUCAAGUACCAGUCGCUGGGCCAGUGUGUCUACGUGCAUUGUAAGGCUGGGCGCUCCAGGAGUGCCACUAUGGUGGCAGCAUACUUGAUUCAGGUGCACAAAUGGAGUCCAGAGGAGGCUGUAAGAGCCAUCGCCAAGAUCCGGUCAUACAUCCACAUCAGGCCUGGCCAGCUGGAUGUUCUUAAAGAGUUCCACAAGCAGAUUACUGCAGGGGCAGCAAAGGAUGGGACUUUUGACAUUUCAAAGACAUGAUGUAUGUCUCAAGACACUCCUGCUUGAUACAGAAUAAAAAAAGCUUAACAGGACCAACAGGGCUUAAGCCCAGACUUGACGUAACAGAAAUGUGCCAAUAGGUAAUAGGUAAUUUUUCUUUCUCUGACUUGUUUUGUUUUCUUGAAAUAACACUGUUGUGUGGCUAGAAAGGAAAAGAUUUAGUGUGGCUUGUAUUCAUGGGAUACAGGACAUGGAUGGGGCUAUCGUCUUUUCUUGAAUAGGGCUAAAGAAGUAUUUUAACAAAAAUCUAUUAUGUACCUAAUAUUGUGCCUAAUAAUAUUUAGCACCACAACUCAAAAAACAUUUAGCACUUGAAAAAAGGAGACUCAGCUCUGGCUCUUUGCCACUGUCAGAAUCUGAGUCUCACUGGCCCUAUGGAGUAGGGAUCCCACCUGGAGAAGUGGGAGCAUGGGCUGCAGUCAGGACUGCUGCAGACUGAGCCAUGUAAUGGUACGUAAUGAGUCCCCCUGAGGGAAUGAAACACCCUCACCCCUUCAAAGUCACCCCUUCAGAAUUCAACACAGACACACAUAUCCCUUCAAAAACUUUUAUUUGUAUCAACAAUUCCUAGCUCUUGGCUUAGCUUAGAGCUUUUAAAAGAGCAGACACCUUAUAUAUUUGAGCUUGAAAAAGUUUCUGCUAUUAAUCAGAAGUCAUCAUUUCUAUUUUCUGGCUUACCCCUUGGAAUAAGCCAAAAAUAAAACCAAAGUUACAUUUCCCGACAGAUGGAUGAGAAAACAAUAGAAGGAACGUCCUGAAUUCUAGAGUUGACUCUUGCUGGUGAAGUACACCUUCAGCUUGCUCCAUUCUCCUAAGUAAAGCCUGAAGGAAAACUCUCAACACCUAAUUCUUCGUGGAAAAAUGAUCUACUAGCCAUUUCACAGGCUAUAGAACAAAAGUACAAUUGGGCAUCUUUCCUUAUGUCCUGGGAUCAGGGGUGCUUGUAUUUAACAUUGAUCAGGUAAAGAGGAGAGGCUGUGCCUAAGGUCUGAGAAAAGGCUUGCUCUAAGCAAGCUGUGAUGAGGCACAGGAUGACUAGGGGAUGGCAGAGAACAGGCUGGCCUACUGUCAGUUCAAGCAACCAGCUGAGCAGCAGCAGUCUAAAAAGCCCCAAACAGAACACCUCCAUGGGUUCAGGGAAGGGCUGAGGCACUGCCUUUCUAGUAUGUGCCAAAAAAAACAUAACUCUGAAUUGGGGCCCAGGGUACUUUGAGUUUGUAUGGGGAGGGAAAAGGAGUGAGCAGCUCUUCUCCCCUCCCCACAGCCUUAGGCCAACACAAACUGCAAAUUGGUAAGCAGCACCUUAAUACCUCUUGUGACAGUUACGGCUGAAGUGGCAGGGUCAAGCUUGUAGGUGUUGGCAUCCCCCUUUUUAUAUCGGUCCCGGAAGACAUAGAUGCUCCCGUUACAGCUGGCAAUCUUCCAGAGGGAUGGGGCAGAGCUCCAGGCCUCAGGAAGGCAAAGCCGGGUGAAGCUGUCUAGCAAGGGAUUGUAGCACACCAGGGAGUCCCCUUCAGCCACGAUGAACACCAGAUCUUUAUGCACAGCUGCGUGCAUGCGACCUGCAAAGGGCAGCACAUAGGGCUUCACAUGGCAUUUGUCUGUCUCUGUGUCAAAGCACUGGAUGAGUCGGGAAGGUUUGGUAAAGAAGUCCAGAUCAUUCUCCUCCCCCCCUAGUAAGUAGAUGAUCCCGUUGAGGUUGGCACCAGCAGCCCCUGACACAGCCACCUCUAGCUGGGUUGUCUCUGUCCACACGUUAUCACCUACACGAUAAUAAAUGACUGCGUUGGAGAGGG